CACAACAUGGUGGCCUACUGCCAAAAUGCAGACAAAUGUCGGCGUGCCACCAUCGCUGUGCAUUUCGACGAGGUUUGGGAUGACUAGGACUGCAAUGAGAUGUGUGAUAUCACCAAGCAUGACCGCGAGGUGCUUCUGAUCGUGGAGCUGGCCGGCUCGCUGGACGAGAAGGUGACCCCACUGAAGGUGUCCGAAACAUGGCUGGGCAAGGGCCCUGCCAAACGCCGGCAGAUGAUCCAUGUCACAGCUCUGACCCGCUUUGAGGCUUCACGGGCCUCACCCCCAUGUAUGUAGGCAAGGUGUCCCCGACUCCUCUCCGCUGGGCAUUUGGAACGCUCCACCAGCUGGGAGUGGUGGUGGGAAUCCUCAUCGCCCAGAAAUCAUGGAUGACAGCAGCAUGGAUGACAGCGGCAUGUAUACCAGCGGUGGUGAAUCCCAGGCUACCACAAUAUUAUUCUCCAGGAGUGAGGGUGACUUUGUGUCGCCCUCUGAGUUUGAGGACGAUGGGCACAGCCCUCCUCCUUCUCCACCUCCACCUCCACCUUUACCACCACCCCAGGGCUUGCUCCCCAGACAGCCCAGACUGUGGCUGGAGAAUGAUAUGGAUGGCUACCUUGGUGACGAGGAAGAUAGCGAUGAGGAUGAUGAAAAUUUGUAAUUUUGUAUAUUCUUUAUCUUCUUCGGCCCUUAUUGCUUAG